UGCCGAUGUGUUGACACUCCAUGAUAAAAGACGAAGUAGCAGUAAAGAUGGUGGUUAGUGGUUAAAUUUUAAAUUAAAUUAGGAAUAACCAAAUGUGAUGAUUCGUGAAUUCACGGCAUCCUGAGGGUGUGAUGGCGUCAAAUAGCGAUGGUAGUGGAAGCAAUGGUACUUCGCCGCGGAAUUUAAGCAUAAAUGCUUCAAGGGACUAUGACACACUGAAACAACAAUACGAAAAAGCCAACAGUGAAUUAAGCAACUCAAGAAGACGUUGCGAUCAUGCUCUCAAUGAUCUGGACUACUUUAGAGAACAACACAGAGCGGCAAUGAACCAACUCGAAGUGUCAUCUCAAGACUCUGCUUCUCUCAGAACAAGAUACUCAGAAUUGUUAAGUGAAAAACAGAGAUUGGAACAAGAAAACCAGAGAUUAAGAAAAGAGUUAAAUGAGGUGCACAGACAACAGCAGGAUGUUGUUUUGCUUGCAGAAAAUGGAAAUUCAGAUUCUUUGUACAUUUCGCAUUCACAAGCUUUAUCAAAGUUGGAACUGGCAAAGGAUGAGAAUAACCGGUUAGCGAAGCAGUUUGAACAAGAAAGAAAUAAUGCACAACGAGAAAUAGACAGUUUGAAGCAGCAGGUUCUCAAGUACUACAAAGCCCACCAAAAAGUCCAACAACAAUAUGAGGAAGCAGAAAAACAGAUCGUUGCAAUAAAAAUCAAAGCAAACAAAGAAGUGAAACGCUUAACCGACGAACGGAACGCAACUCUAGCAGAAUACACUUUAGUAAUGAGCGAGAGAGAUCAAGUUCACAAAGAAAUGGAAAAGUUGAGCGACGAUUUAGCACAAGCUUUGAAAAAAGGCAAAAUGUUGGACGCUGACAAUCAAGAGUUGGUCGGUGAAAAACAAGCAAUUGGGUACCAAUUGGAGUCCCUCCGACGUGAAAUCGCGAGCGCCCUCUAUGAGCGUGAUAAAGCUUUGAAGGAGUGCGCCGAUUUGCGAGAGAAGUUUGGUGAAUUGGGGGCCUCCAAUGACGAUAAUCGGAGAAGGGAGCAGACGAGGUCUAGGCACUUGGAGGGAUUAGGUGGUCCAUGUGAAAAUGUGGGUCGGAAAGAUGCCCUCCAGUCGGAUGUUCGUACGAUUGGGCAAAGGCAACGACUUGAUAAUUUGGAUCAAGCUAAUCAAGAGUUGGAGUCUUUAAGGAAGAGUCUAGAUAAGGCUCAAACUGAAUUGUCUGAAGCUAUCCAAGAGGCAGAAGUUUCAAAAGGGCGACGAGACUGGGCAUUUUCCGAACGUGAUAAAAUCGUCCAAGAACGCGAAAGUAUAAGGACUUUGUGUGAUAAUAUGCGCAAAGAACGCGAUCGGGCCGUCUCGGAACUUGCCGAGUCACUUCGCGAGUCAGACGCUUUGAAAAAACAACGAAACGAGCUUCUUAAAGAAGUUAAAGCUUUGAAGGAAAUGCUGGAAGCUCAUAUUGUUGACCAUGACGAUGAUCAUUUUGGUAAUCACAGUGAUAUUGACGAUAGUACCGAAAUACUGGAAGUUGAGUUGACUUGUGAUGGAACGGCCGAUUUAGGAUUAGAGUUGGCUGGAGGUCGGGAUGAUCCACAUUUUCCCGGAGAUGGCGCUGUGUAUGUCGCUGCUGUGGCCGAGGGGUCUAUAGCUGACGGAAAAUUGAGACCUAAUGAUCGCAUAUCAAGAGUCAACGAUGUUGACUGUAGUGCUGUAUCGCGAAGGAUGGUAAUAGAAGCCAUUAGGGCAAGUCUUCCGGUGGCGAGAAUCGUCGUUAGUAGGAGGCGAAGGCGAGGGCCGAGUCCUUCACCUAGCAUACCAUCGCAGGUUACCAAAUGGGUUCAUACUGCGCGAUUGGUGCCCGGGUGUCAUGGCCUUACUCUAAAUACCGGGGUUUAUAUUAGUAGAAUAAGCGACGGGAGUCUUGCCGCCAAAGAUAAGAGUCUUUCAAUAGGAGAUCGAAUACUCAGAAUCAAUGAAAAAUCCAUGGAUGACAUAGAAAGCAUCCACGAAGCAAUGCGGGUCCUUAAUGACGACUCCGUCGACGUUAUCACUGUCACAGCUUUGAAGAUAAGCCAUCCAGAGUGUCCCAAUGUCUUCACCCCUGUUCGGCGUCACAAGCGCGAAAAUCGCAGUUCCCAGACCGAUGAACACGAUUAUCUUUCCAAUCAGCAAGAGAAAAAUAAUGGCGGAGCGUGGUUUAAAGAGAAGAUUGAUCUGAUGAGAGGUAGACGUCAUACCAAAGAUAACGAUAAGAAAAAAUAUCGGAACAGUUCGCCCAGUCCUUUGGAAUUGGCCGAUCCGGAACAAGCCAUUGCCGAAUUGGACUUGGUUUUGGAUAGUUACAGGGGGAAUGCUAAUGUUGGGACUGUGAAACGAACGAAAAGAGGUACCAAGGAACAGGAGAAGAAUGGGGGAACGUGGCCUAAAGCGAAAGCCACGGCGUUGCUUCAACCAGUCCUUGGAAGUACUGUGGUCGUUCGAAACAAGGAACGUCCCCCUUUGAGUUUGUUGAAGGAGGCAGGAGCUGAAUAUCACAGAAAUUCCACUCCUGUGCCAUUGCCCAUAGCUUCUAUGGGUCCUCGCCCAAGCAACCGCCACUCCGUCUACAAAAGCGUAGACGGCGGUGGUUCCCACUUUAGUACCACUGGGGAUUCCUUCGAAAAACUUCGUUCGCCCCCAUCGAACCGCCUAAGUGCCAACAUGAAUUCCGACAACAGUCUCGAUUACCCAGUUCAUCGCUACGCUGAUAAAGACGUCCAUACGUACUACAAGAAAAACAAACUCGGAAAAUAUGCCUUUGAUUGCGAUCGAGACAGUGUCAUAGGUCACACUGAGUCUUCCCAAGGGAACAGUUCUGUACCUACUUCCCAUAGCCGUAUCCAUAGCCAGUUUUGGGUACCUCCACGGACCUACUACCCCUUCCACCCACACCCUCAUGUCGAUUUCGACCACUCGAUUCACCACACACAUAGUCCCUCUGUAGAUGGCGCUAGUCGGAAAAUGAUCAACCCUGUCGGUCCAAUGCCGUACCGAGAAACGGAUCUUCUGGAAGGGGGGACGUUUCCGAGGAAAAACCAACGAUUUGUAGUACCCUCAAACCCGAGCAUUACAUCGAAAGUUAGCACCGGGAGCAUAGAGAGAAGUUCGGAACGAGGAAGUCCAAUGCCGAUUUUUCAUGUUGAAGUCUUGAGUCCGGGCGAGGCCGGUAGUAGUGGCAAGGAGUGUUGUUCGUGGGUUGGGGGACAGUAUAAGCCUCUACCAGGAGAACUGAGACGCGUUCAUAUUGACAAGUCGAACGAACCGUUAGGAAUUCAAAUCAAUUGUCGCGAAAGUGGAGGGAUUUUUGUAUCAACGGUAAAUGAUAAUAGUUUGGCGAGUCGAGUGGGAUUACAAAUCGGGGAUCAGUUGUUGGAAGUUUGUGGGAUUAACAUGCGGAAUGCUACGUAUAAUCUAGCAGCGAAUGUGUUGCGACAAUGUGGGAAUUCCAUCACUAUGUUGGUUCAAUACAGCCCAGAUAAAUACAACGAAUUAGAAGGUUCGGGCUCUUGUUCUGGCUCAAGUUCAAACGAUGACGAAGGUGAUGGUGAGACCACACCAUGUAAUUCACCUAAAGAAAUACGAAAAUCUCAUCCAGUGGGCAUUACUAAGUUACCACCGCCGACUUCUUUGUUAAGAGUGGGGCAGCAAUCUUCAUCACUGCAAAGACAAAAUAACAGCUCUAGAGACGACGAUGAGCCCCGCUUCCUAUACAUCGAAACGCUAAAAACCUCAAAUUUGGGGAUUUCCCUAGUUGGGGGCAACGCUGCCGGUAUUUUUAUUCAUUCGGUUCAACCGGACUCUCUUGCAUACCAUGCCGGCUUACGUACUGGGGAUCAAAUUCUGGAAUACAACGGAAGUGACCUUCGGAAUGCCACAGCUGAAGAAGCUGCAUAUGAAUUGGCCAAACCGGCCGAUAAAGUCACCGUUUCAGCCCACUACCGCAUCGAUAGAUAUAACGAAAUUAAAGAUAAGCCAGGCGAUAGCUUAUACGUCCGUUGCGGUUUUGACCGUUCUGGGAAUGAACACACGGAGCCACCUCAACUCGCUUUUGCCAAAGACGAUGUCCUCUAUGUCGACAAUACGAUGUUUAAUGGAGUUCCAGGUCAAUGGCGUGCUUGGAGGUUGGAUAACGAAGGUCGGCGACAGCAAUGUGGAGUAAUCCCGAGUAAAUACAAAGUUGAGGAAGAGAUGCUUUUGCGAAGAGGUGCCGAUUUGGAUCAAACCGGACGUCCGGUUUCAGUGGGAUCAUCAAUAGCACGUCGGAGUUUCUUCAGGCGGAAAAAACACCAAAGGCAUUCGAAAGAACUAGCCAGUUUUUGUAGUCUUGCAGGCCCAGGAUGGUAUUCCGAUGGCGGGUCUUUGCAUGAAGAGCCGGCUCCUCCUCCGGCUUACCAGAGAGUAGAAAGAUUACCUUUCCCUGAGUUUCGACCUGUAUUGGUGUUGGGUCCUUUGGCUGAAUGUGUUGUGGAUAAAUUAGUUAGUGAUUUCCCGGAUGAAUUCGGACGAGCUCCUGCAGAGACCCGACGUUGCUCUCAGGCCCAACUUGAUCGGGAGUUGGCCGAUGGCCACUUAGUGGAGUACCGCCGACGGGGGAGCUGCUGGGAAUGUGUCACUGUGGCCGCAGUGAGACAAGUCUCGCGAGCUCACCUCCACUGUAUGUUAGACGUGGCUGCAAGUAGUGUCGAGCGGCUUCACCGUCAUGGUAUAUACCCGGUGGUACUCCUCAUCAAGUUCAAGAGUACCAAGCAGAUCCGGGAAGUGAAGGACGCCUUGAGAUACAGCUUGGACAAGUUGUCUGGCAAAGCAGCGAAAGAGAUGUUUGAACACGGACAUAAAUUAGAAGCUGAAUACCGACAUUUGGUGACAGCUGUUGUAGCAGCUGGGGCGAAUGUGGCACACGUAUGUGCCCAAGUUAAAGCCGCCGUUGAUGCUGAACAUAGAAAGAGUCAAUGGGUACCAGUCGGUUGAAAUCAUGUCAAUUAAAUAUGUGCCUAUUUUUCACUUUUAUAACAUUUGUACUCGAUAAUUAGUUUUGCUUACAGAAUUUACAUAAUCAGCAGUUUUGUUAAAUUUGUAACUGUUUUACUAUUAGCUCGCACUGUUAAUCAGUAUUUUAUAUUUUAUUUUUUGACUCUUAUUAUAUUGUACAUAUACAAUUUAAGUAAACUAAGGUAGGUGGUUGUAUAUUAUUUCAUUACUGUGAUUAUUUUAUUGUUCUUUUAAAGAAAAUAAAUGUUUAAACACUA